CUUAAUCUUCAGCGAAGUUAACUCUUUUGUUAAUAAUUGUUAGACAAGACAGUCAUAAUGCAAUCUACCGAGUCGUUCCCACUCUUCCCCAACCUCCCCACUGAGCUUCGUGAUAAAAUAUGGCUUCACACCAUCGACUUGCGAUCUCACGUCUUACCCCGCCCUCCUAUCACGGAGCUCGCAGUUUGCCACGAGGCUAGGAAUGUUCUACUAAAGGUAUACAGACCGUGCUUUCGUCCAGUUCCACAAUACAGAGAGGACGACACAGGAUUUGGUGUCAUGUCCAAGCCCGGCGAAAGAUGGCUUGAGAUCCAAGGCAUGGGAAAACGAUCUCCCAGAUCACCAUAUGCGAACUAUGAGACGGAUGUCCUUUACCUUGCCUGGGCCAUUUUGUACCCAAUCCAUCAAGAGGAGGCGUCACUCCAAAAAUACUUCUUCCAGGAAGCCAUCGAUCAUGUACAGCAUGUGUUCAUCCGGCUUAACGCUUGGACUCCUAGAGGACCUCGCCGAAGGAUGGUAGGACCACCAGUGACAAAACCGGAUCCGAGACAGCCGCUCCUCUCUUUCGGCUCCUUGAAGACCCUGAGUCUCGCUGAAGAGCCGAAAUUGAGAGUCAGCAUACCUCCUCUCAACGACGAUCAGCUACAGAAGCAGAGAGAAUCUAGAUUUCAUCGGAUGCCUGAUGACGAAGUUUUGGAGCGCGAGAAGUUGGUUUUGAGAGCACGUUUCGCGGAGGGGAAGAUAUUGACCCCGAUACUAGACCCCACUAGCUUCACAAAUCCUUAUCUCAAAUUCGAUCAAGCGAGGCAAUGGAUCAAUCGCAAGGCAGAAGAGUUACCAAACUGGAACGCGCCUGAGGUACAAUAUGCAACAAUCAUUGCUGAUCCUGAAGGUUGAUGAUAUGUGCUCAUGCGAAUUUUUGGUGUGGUCGGGAGUGGCGUGUUUCAUGGAAUGAAAUCACACUCAUGAUGAAGAUGGGGCUCACAAUACCACAACUUGGCAAUGCACGGCCUUGAUUCGUGAGGGCCUUCACUAGGGACGUUCGCGGAGAGUCAGGAUUCAUUCGCGUACCGCAGGCAUCUUCGAAGAUGUCUCCGUGUGGUCACGUUGGAGAGAACAAGUCCGUGGUAUGUCUCAGCAUAUAACUAGAAUCCUUUGCUACCUCUUGAAUGAAGUGUAUCAUGAAAGAAUUUACAACCGACCUGGGGUGAUUCUUUUCGAAUGACAGAGAACAUUCUGUAACUCAAGUUCAUCAACUAUAUGG